AUGUCAACACGAUACGUUGUCCCAACUCCAAAAGCUGUCUACCCACGUCUCCACACUGAUAACGAUGGAGGUUGGAAAGUCACCGAUGUUGCGGCUACCAUUUUGUACAUCGCAAAGCAGUCAGGAAUUUCCGAUAUCACGCUCAAUAAAUUACUUAAAGUGAUUGCUAUAAUCGCAAAUAAGAACCGCUUUCCCACAGAGGACAGUGAGUUUCCGGAUACGGUAUCCAAAUUAAAAACAAUGUUGGAUUUGACCCAAGAAAAUUUGAAAGCUGUCGUAAAAUUCAUGUGUCCUAAUGAAGUUCAGACCACGCGCGUGCAAGGAGAAAGAAAAGGGAAGCAAGUUCGUUGCUUCUCUGCAUUAUCGGAAGCAAACGGCAAAUUUGUAUGCGAGUGCUGCGGUGCAAAUUUCACGAAAAAAGAAGUUAACAAAGACGGGAAUUAUUUUGUCACCAAUCCUCUACAAAACAUACUUAGUACUACAAUGCAGCAAUUUGGAAAAUACUGCGGAGAUGUCGUAAGAUCGGAAACUCCCAUGCGUGAUGUUCGAGAUGGCCUGCGUUUCCAAAAGAUAAAUGCCGGCUCAGAUGACCUGGUGAUUGUGAUGCAUAGUGAUGGUGCUGUACUGAGCAAAAGCACCAACAAGAAACUGUAUCUGAUGUUUACCCAAUGCCUAAAUGUGCCACUUGGACUACGGCUUCCUGUAUGGUUUUUGCACACAAUCUGGGCAGGAAGCGAACUUCCGAAAGAUAGGGAAUCAUUUUUAAUUGAACUUGUGAACCAGAUCAAAAUCUGUCAAAGAAACGACGAAAAUUUUUUACCCAUCCAGUGGAGUGAUGGCGAGAACGACCAUCAGUCGCAAGUUGUGCUGCAUUCAUAUAUAGCCGACACACCUGAGAGGUCGGCAGUAUCUGGGCAGCUUUCUCACAGCGCGAAACAAUCCUGUAUGUACUGCCUGCAAGUCGGUUUAUGCAUAAAUCACAGGAUCUGCUUUCCCCAUGAUCGAAACGCGGAACUUAAAACGCAUGAAAAGUUGAAAGAAGCGGCAAUAAUUUGGGAAACUAUGAACGCCAGACAACGUAAAAUUGCUCUUAAAGAGCACCUUACAUCUGGAAUGAAGCGUCCCACUGUAUUAUCGCAGAUUCAAGAAUUCGAUUUAGUGGAAGGAUUUGUUCUGGAUGUAAUGCAUCAGUUUGACGAAGGCGUGACUAAGUAUCUGUUGAGCUUAUUAUGUGAGCUAGACUCAGUCCUAGCGUUAACCAAAGCACAAAAAAAUGAGAUUAACAGACGCUGGAUGAGAAUCAUUAUUCCCGCGCAUCACAACCGUCCGCCCAGGGAUAUUGGCGAGUACAAAAGGAUGAAAGCGCAUGAACUGCGGUUCUUUAUGCAACAUGCGGCGCCCUUCGUACUGAAAGAUGUUCUACCAAGCAGCGUAUACGAAGUGUUCUGUCAUGCGUCGCGAAUAAUUUGGUUGUGUACAAAAGAGGCAAUUUCACCCACGGAUGUUGCUGAACUUCGUGACCACUGUAAUCAGUUUCUGGAAUCGUUUCAAACAUGUUUUGGGAUUUCCGAAAUGAAAUAUUCUGUUCAUUUAACGCAGCAUAUUGCGUAUGCUGUCGAAUUAUUUGGACCGUUGCACAUCCUGUCUUGCUAUGGACCGGAACACCAUAUCGGAAAAAUAUCAAGGAAAGUGCUGGCAAUGCAAAAUACUGCCAAACACAUCAUGAAUAAUUCCAACACGCUUACUGCGUGUGCCAUUAAGCUUAACGAAGCGCGAAGUAGUUGCCGAACAGAUAAUGAUGUUCGCGAGGUCAUCUGCACGGUGCUCGGCGUACCAAGGGAAUUUGAGUUUUCCGAGCAGUCAACGUCGGUUAACCGAUGCACUUUUAUUGGCAAAGCUAGUCCUGUCAAUGUGGAUCAUCCAGUUUAUCGCCUGUUAAAUGAUCGACUGCACCGUACUGUGACGGCUUCUCAGCAGUUACAAGUAUUUACAUUCCAGCGCUGCCGCGUAGAGAACGGGAUCUUCGUACGCACGCGAGCAAAAAAUUUGGGCUCUUCGAGAAACGAAAGUAUAGUCAUUACUAUGGGUGGUGACGUCAUCGCAGUGGAGUACGUGAUUGCGAUCGUUAAUGAUGAGAGCACGGCUGUUUGUAAUUCAUUUGUGUGCGGUCGCCUUUUUUCCCACAAUUACACUCACGGAUUAAUUGCUGGCACAAGUAAGGUGCCGAUUGACCAUAUCUUCCCAGUCACACUGGACGAGCAUUCGGAGCUCGCUCUGUUUGACACCAAAUUAAUCAGCAAGCAGUUGGUGUUACUGCGGGAACCACAAAAUGGACUGUAUAUUGUUAGCCCACCUUCUAAUCAGUUUAGGCUGUCCUAA